CUCCCUCGGCCCCCGGCCGCAGGCACCAUCCACCCCUCCGUCCUCUCUCUCUCUCUCUCCCUCUCUCCCUCUCUCUCUCUCUCCCCCUCCCCCUUCCCCUUCCCCUUCCCCUCCCAAAUGGACCGCCCCGCAGGUGCGCCACCGCGCGGCUCGUUCCAGCCGUCCGACUUUGAGCUGGGCCCAUGCAUCGGACGAGGCUCAUUUGGACAGGUCCACAGAGCCGUCUACACGCCGACCAACUUUGUGGUUGCCAUCAAGACCAUCGAUCUGGAAGACUCUGAGGACGAGAUCAAAGACAUCCAGCAAGAGAUCCAGGUCAUGGCGGCGUGCUCAUCGGACCACAUCACACAGUACUAUGGGUCUGUGAUGAACGGGCCGAUGCUGUGGAUUGUGAUGGAGUACCUCGGCGGUGGGUCGGCGCUCGACUUGCUCCGGGCCGGACCGUUCCGCGAGGCGUACAUUGCCAUCAUCAUGCGCGAGCUCCUCGAAGGUCUCACCUACUUGCACGAGCGCAACAUGAUCCACCGUGACAUCAAGGCGGCCAACGUGCUUAUCGGAGCCGACGGCGAGGUCAAGCUCGCCGACUUUGGUGUCUCGGGUAUGCUCACCGACUACCAGACCAAGCGACGGACGUUUGUGGGCACGCCGUACUGGAUGGCGCCCGAGGUCAUUGUGCAGGCCGGAUACUCGACGCCCGCAGACAUCUGGUCGCUUGGCAUCACCGCCAUCGAGCUGGCCAAGGGCGUGCCGCCGCUCGGCGACGUCUCGCCCAUGAAGGCUCUGUUCUUCAUCCCCAAGAACGCCCCGCCCGUCCUCCGAGGCAAGUUCUCGACCAAGUUCAAGUCGUUUGUGGCUCAGUGCCUGGUCAAGGAGCCCGGCGCCCGCCCGACCGCCGCCGAGCUGCUCAACCACAAGUUUAUCCGUUCCGCCCGCAAGAUCUCCGCCAUCCGUGACCUCAUUAAGCGCUACGACCGCUACCGCAUCUCAAACGGAAACAACGUGUGGCGCAAGGCCCGCUCCGACGGCGGUAAGUCCGGCUCGGCCGACCCGGCGUCGGGCUCCGCGCCCGCCGCCGGCGCACCCACUGUUGACGAGUGGGACUUUGAAACCUACCGCCCGCCGGCUAAGGAGGCCGCGAAGCCAGCCCCGUCGCCGGCCCGCGCUGCGCCUUCGCCGACCCGUGCCGCGCCGUCGCCGUCACCAAGUAAGCCGGCUUUGCCUGGCAAGCCGCGUGGCGGCAAGGUUGUUGCCCGCGCCCAGGGCACACUCUCUUCCUCAUCUUCUUCAUCUUCUUCCUCAUCGUCCUCGUCGUCGGAUGACGACGCUACCGAAACGGCCCUCGUCGACUCGGCACCCAAGUCCUCGCUUGUCGCCACCACUGUCGGCCCGGUACUCGCCGCCCUGCUGCGGCAGUACCCCGAGGCCGAGGACAAGAUCCGCUCGCUGCAGACCGCGUUCGAGGCCCUUGACUCUGCCGCCGGGCCAGGCUCGGCGCUUGGAGAGGCCUUUGUCCGCUCGCUCAUCGCCACCAUCGAGAACCACCCCGAGCCGCGCAUCUCCGGCCUCCUCCCGGCCUCGCGCACCCCGCCGCUCGCCGCCGACCCGGUCCUCCCGGCCUCAGUCGACGAGGGCCUCGCGCAGCGCUCGGUCGCCGCCAACUACCUCAUCAAGCGCUGGCGUAUGUCCGGCUCGUCGCUUGCCCGCUGACUGUAGCACCUUUGUCGCACCGGUUGAACUUCCACGUCUGGCUCUGGCUCCCCGCCCUGGUGAGGGAGCGUACAAACCCAUUCGGCGAGUGGCGCCGGCACUCGCCAUUUUAUUGCCGAAACGCGGGCGAGUUCCCAAUUUCGGUUACGUUUUGCUGUCCGCCCUGGUGUGCACGCGGUACCAUUUAUGCCGGUCGCAGCGGCGUCGCAAGACGCUCAUGCACUAUCCCGGCGAUGACAAUGGCGCCACACACCCGGCCACGCGCAGCCGUUCUGGCUGUGCUCCGGCUGUACAGGCAGGAAGAGAAAACCGCAGGGUUAUGGGUUGCGCCGGAAAGCUAAAGGCUAUGAUGUGCGCAUUCUCGACGCUGCGGACAAUCACAUUCACAUACGCGACACAACGAUAUAACACGACACAACAACAAUACUACCCUCGUCAGGUCUAAUAAG